UUCCAUACAAAAAUGAGUGAUUCGAUCGGGGUUUCUGUUCAGUAGCUCUUCUUGAAUACCUAACUGAGCAUCAGCAGCUGGCAUCAAAUCGUUAUCUACAUCCUGUCAGACUCAAGGGAGUCAGUAGUUUGAGUAAUCCCACUUUGUGUCCGUCCGUCCUGUCCGCCAGCCUCUCGAUCGACUCUCUCAAGAAGUCUCACGGGUGAACCGCUCUCCUUCUUCAAGAUGACAGAAAAGCGAUACUCGAUCAACGACGUGUUCGGCAGACACAACGGCUGGUGUGGAUACCGUUUCCUUUUAAUCCUGAGUCUUAUUGUGAGCGUCGUCACCUACACCGUAGGGGCCAUUGUCACUGGGGUUGUCUUCCGAGCUUGGAAUCGACGAGCCAACUGCACAAAUGUCUCGUACGACGAAAACGACAGAGAAGUUCUGAACGAGGAAAUGUUCGACUACAACACACCUUUGGUGGUGGUCGGACCUUCUUUCAUGGCCGUAGGGGGCGCCAUCCUCCUCUUCUUGAUCUUUCAGUGGUCUUUCUGCAAGCCUGCUGUCAAACGUUAAGACGGCAGUGCACACACUUCAAGCAUCAAGACCGGGCUGCCUUCUGCGUCUGGUGGUGGUUAUAAGAGCUCUUCACCUUCGCCCGCCCUGGGUCAUUGGGAAAUCUUCACAACAAGAUCUGCUAGGAUGCGUCAUAUGGAUAAUUCUACCCCUCAAAAUUUAUCCAUCUCACAGGAAUUCGGUUUGAUUAAGCAGUCAGACUUCAAAACAAUAUAUACAGAUUACUACCCUAAAAAAAACAGAAGUGUAUUUUAUUUGUUAAGAUGUAAUUGCUCUUUUUUUUCUAAAAUGCAUAUCUUUACAUUUUCGACCCAUUUACAGAGACACCGCUAGUAGACCUUUAACGUUAUUCUUUUUCUGUUCCCCCUUUGAUGUAAGAUGAAUUUUCAUCGUUAAUCCGUUCUGACAAUUUAAGGAAAGCAUAAGUUUGCUAUGAAUUCCUAACAUUUAUUUCGUAUGGACUUAUUUAAUAUAUCUGUUAGUAAAU